AGGGUCACACUAUUUUGCACGUCAACAAAUACGCCUACGCCGGCAUUUCGAAGGAAUAACAAUAAAAGUGAAUUAUCUAUUUGUUGUAAACAAUUAAACACUAAAAUCUAGCCUUACCAUGAUUGAGACCCUUUAUGGCCUGCCAUUUCACAUACUUGUGCCGCCCAAUAUCAAAGUUCGACGAUUUAGUAUUCCCACUCCCUCGCCCAUGGCCGUGUUUAGUGUGAUUUUGCUUUCCUAUUUUCUGGUCACUGGCGGCAUAAUCUACGAUGUGAUUGUGGAACCGCCCAGUGUGGGAGCCACUGUGGACGAACAUGGACACUCUCGACCGGUGGCCUUUAUGCCAUAUCGUGUAAAUGGACAGUACAUCAUGGAGGGAUUAGCCAGCAGCUUUCUCUUCACCAUCGGUGGCCUGGGUUUCAUCAUUAUGGAUCAGACCCAUGCUCCGGGUAAAACAAAUCUAAAUCGCCUGCUUCUUACCGCCAUGGGAUUCAUUUUCAUAUUGGUAUCCUUCUUCACCACUUGGCUGUUCAUGAGAAUGAAGCUCCCCAGCUAUUUGCAGCCAUAGCAAAUCUAUUAAUGGCAAUACAUGUAUUAAUUUCUAUCCGAACUUUGUAAUCUCUCUUAUUAGUAUUCCGUAUUCAAAGUGUAACAGAAAAGCACACAAACAAAACGUUAAAUUAAACUGCCUAGCAAACUGAACGAAGGUUAAAUAAAGAAAGACACUAAGUUAAGAAAGUUCAAUGAA